AUGGCAGAGUGCUUCGCAGGCCUCGCUGCAGGAGGCGGGUUCGCAGCCAAGGAGGCCUUCCAGUACAAUCGCGAGAACUUCCUGUAUGACCGCGCCUUGCGACGACGGAAGGAGUUUCAGAUACAAAAUUUCCGCGUCGACCAAGCCGAGCUGUGGCGUAAAGAUGUCCGAGACCUGAUUUCAUUGACGGAAUACAAGAUGCACGUCUACUUGCUGGUCAAUGUCUUGCUACUCGGGAUUACCGUGGCUCUCUGGUGCCAGGGCAAGCUGCCGCACACAACUCCCGUCUGGCUGAUGACAGGAAGCGCGCUGGCAAUGGCUGGGUCGUUUUCCUUCAUCUUGCUCUCCAUCUGGAUGGCCAUGCAUGCAGCAGUCUCAGCGCAGAGCUUCGAGACGCGACUGCUCACACAGAUGGUUCGGCUGCCGAUUCCCACAUGGCAGGAAAUCGAGGCAUGCCGAACCUACGCCUCUGAGUUCGAGCGAAUGGAGGCAAAACAGAUGUUUCGAGUGCCUUUUGCUAUGGGCCCCCAAGAAAGCCUCGCCGAAGAAGAUGAAGAGGCCGAGCAGGAGGCCGCCCCUGCUGCGGCAGAUGCCUCCCCGGUCUCUAGCAUAAGGCCUGGAGAGGCGAAUCGCCACGUGGAUCCUUGGGGCUUGGAGGGCUCGGGUGCCGACAUUCCGGAGCUCGGGUGCAAGAUGGGCCAUAGUGUGCAGAAGCUUCGCCAUGUGAAGCUGGCCCGACAGGCGAUGGUGUUCUGGCAAAGCUAUGACGCAUUCGCGCGAAUCUGCAUGAGCAUUGGGGUGAACCAGCUGCUGAAUGCGGCAAGCUACUUCAUCCUGGCGUACUACAUGUCGGAGGUGAAGGUUCCAUCCUCUGCAACAUACGGUGUUGUCGUGCUGACGACCAUGGCUGAAACUCUGAAUCGACUGGACAUGUCUUUGACGUGGUGGCAGCUUCGGCUCAUGCAGUUGUUCCUGUAUCUGGGACCUGCAAUUGCGACGCUUGCCGGAUGGGCAUGGGUCGAAGAUGGCCGCGACCGGCAGUCAGAGGCACUGGUCGUAUGCGCUUUUCUGGCACAUGCCCUGUAUUUGACCACCAUGAACACUCUCUGCCGCAUGCAUAUGGAACACAAUGGCGCGCGUCUUCCUGUAGCCUUUCGAUCUGUGUUGUACCUGGAUGUUUUCGGCUGGUCCUCAGCCGCUCAGGCGCAUCGGCACCAGAUCAGCAGCGCAGCCUCCGACUCGCAUGCAGCGUUCAGCGAGGCCGGAAGCGAAAACAUCUCGCUCACGUCGGCCAAAGCAGCAGCUAAGCCAGCUACAGGAAUGGUGGAAUACGCUGACUCCGGCCAGCCGAAGGUCCAUCGCCCAGAGGAGAUGUCUGCACCAACAGACUACUCCAGCACAGCGGGAGCACCCCAUGCGCAGGCCUUCCAGGAUUUGGUCGACGGAGACUAUUCUGAGUUCUACAGCGCUCGCAGCUGGCUGAGCACCACCAGCAACCUCCCGGAAGACUCGGGAGUAGUCACAGGCUGUGAACGGGAGGCACCAAUCGUGCUACCGCAGCAGACGUUUUCUUUUGCUAUGAAUAUGCUUUGCUUCCUGUGGUUAUCGGCUGCUUUUUACUACGCACUGGAUGCGGCACAUAUUCUGACGAGAACUUCCGCGACGUAUUCCCAAAGUGAGAAUGCUACUUCGCUUCUGCAGCGCUCGGCUUUCAUGCCUCCGUGGACGACCUCCUUCUUCGAGAGUAGUCCUGGAGAGGAGCACCUGAGCAAGGACAUCCUGACUGUUUCGUGGCCCUAUGAAAACGUCCUGCCUCAGGGCCUGGCCUGUGAUGCAGCGGGCCAGCGCUUGGUGGUCUCAGAUGGCCUGGUGUUGUUCAGCGCGGCCGUGGAGCAGAAUAGUUCGACUCAGGUGCCGGUGUCGGCGAUCUUUGAUGAGGCUCCUUGCCCACCGGUGCUCGGUGAAGGACUCAUCGAUGCCGCAGUAGACUGUGCUGGAGGACGGUGCGAAGCUUUGGUCCUACAUGGCCACGGAAAGCGCAUCAGUUCUUGCCGACUCGGCAGCGAGGAGCUACCAGGUAGCUACCACGCAGACGUCUCGGAUUCCUGGUUGGAGGAGCUUCGCGUAGGUGCCGAUGCAGCCAGCGGACAGCCUCAUGCACGUGUUGAGAAGGCAGUGACUUUGACUGCCGAUGCCUGGUGCAAAGGCCGCAAUGCAUGGGCUGGCUGUGUGCUGCUUGGCACUUCUCGCGGGCGUGUGGUUCGUCUGGCGGAAAAGGCUGGCCGAUCUGGACGUGUGGCGCCUGUGCAGUCUCUGGUCGAAAAGGAGGAAAGUUUCUGGACACCAGGUGCAGUGAGAGCUGUUGGUGAUGACCACUUCGCGGUCCUCGCCGCAAAUGGUACGAGGCUCCACGUCCACCGCAAAUCAGACGGAUACCUGGACGGGAAUCUCACCUUGGACACGGCGGCGAGCGGUUUCUGUGCUGGCGGAGGGCAUCUCUACUUUCUGGAAGCCGGACCCAGCCCGCGCAUCUGGCGCUUGCCGUUGCCACGAACCCUCGGUGGCGCGGGGAGUGGUGGACUCGUCCGACUGCCACUUGCUUUCUGA